GAUCACCCCAUGCUUUUGGCAAGUGCGGGGUUGUGUCAGCCUCAGCUUCAGUCGCACUCUCUUCAAAAUCUUGAGAAGAUUAGCUUCUAUCUAUAUCCUAUCCCUUUCAAAUUGUGACAAUUCACAUACUUCUAGAAAAUGGGCAAGCGAGUUAUUUUCACUGGCGGUUCUGGCAAAGCGGGACGACAUGUCAUUCCCGAGCUCCUUAAGAAAGGCCAUGAAGUCUUAAACCUCGACCUCGAGCCGCUGAAUCAGCCUAAUGUCUAUACCCUCAAAACAGACCUCACGCAACCCGGCCAAGUAUUCAACGCCCUCUGCGGACAAUUCAAACUCUCAUCGCCAAACCCACCGGGAACUCCUCCAACUCCACAUGCUGUAAUCCAUUUCGCCGGCAUGGCACGCAACAUGCUCUGCACUGAUGACGAGACAUUUCGCAUAAAUACCCUCUCGGCCUACAAUGUUAUUGAUGCAGCCUGCAAGCUUGGUGUCAAGAAGAUCAUCCUCGCAAGCACGGGGAGCGUAUACGGCGUUGCGUUCGCGUCCGGUGACAUCGACUAUGAGUCUUUCCCCAUCGACGAGGAAAUUGACGUCAAUCCCAUGGACACCUAUGCCAUCUCCAAGAUGUGCAUUGAGCGGAUUGCACGGGGCUUCGCACGCCGCUUUGACGUCGACAUCUACUGCCUACGCAUUGGCAACGUAAUUGAGCCGCAUGAGUACAAAGACGAUCUGUUCCACAGCUAUGUCAAUGAGCCGCAGAAGUGGAAGAACCAUUCGUGGUCAUACACGGAUGCGAGGGAUUUGGGGCAGAUUUGCAAUUUGGGGUUGGAGAAAUCGGGAUUGGGGUUCCAGGUUUUUAACGCAACGAAUGACUCGAUUACGAGCAAGAACUCGACAAUGAAGUUUCUAAAGGAGCAGUGCCCCAAUACCCCGUUUACGCGCGAGAUGGGCGAGUUUGAGGCACCAAUGUCUAAUGUGAAAGUAAAGGAAGUGCUAGGGUUUAAGGAAGAGCAUCACUGGGAAAAUUAUUUUCCUGUAGUGGGUAAAUAGAGUUAUUUACUAAUGAGUUUAGUAUAUUUUAGUUACUCCCCUAUAAUACGACUAGGAGGCCUUCUCGACAU